UCCGCCAUUUUGAUUUCCACGCUUGGUCUUGCUUGUCGUGUGCUCGUGUGUCGGAAUCUCCUGCCCGCCAUUAGUGACGCCGGCCAUUAGUGACAAAGCCGUUAAAGGUUAUUAAAUUUGGUGAAUGUGCAUUAGUUGUGGUUUAUAUUAACGUGACUGUCGGACCAGAUACAUUAAAUAUAAAUGUGAUUGGAUUAACAGGCAAAUUUUAACCCUUGAUAAUGUCACGUUACGGUGACUGUAAAGUGUACGUGGGCGAUUUGGGUAACAACGCCAGUAAGCCUGAACUCGAAGAUGCGUUUUCGUACUAUGGCCCGUUAAGAAAUGUUUGGGUGGCAAGAAAUCCGCCAGGCUUCGCCUUUGUGGAAUUUGAGGAUCCUCGGGACGCUGAAGAUGCGAUCCGUGGUUUAGAUGGUCGCACGAUAUGUGGCCGUCGAGCUCGCGUCGAGAUGUCCAACGGCAGCCGUGGAUUCGGAGGUCGGGGGCCGCCGCCCAGGUCUCGUUUGCCUCCCCGGCCUUAUGACGACCGCUGCUACGACUGCGGAGACCGCGGACACUAUGCUCGCGACUGCACACGCCGCCGUCGCCGCAGCCGUUCUCGGUCCCGCCGCCGCAGCCGCUCCCGCUCGCCGCGCUCGGGCUCGCGCUCGCGCAGCCGUCGCUCUCGCUCGCGCUCCAAGGGACGCUCCAUGUCUCGCUCGAGGUCUAGAUCACCAUCCAAAGAAUCCAAGAAGUCCAACUGAAAAACUUUUGACCACCUGAACAACUAGCUUUAUUAUUUCCACUACUGGUUCUUUUGUGUGAUAAGUGAUACAAUUUUUGGAUUCUUUGCUAAAGGAAGAAUUAUCAUUCCUUGUUUAUGUAAGGUAUUAAUUUUGCGAUCAAUAAAGUGACUUGCGAAUUA